ACAGAGCCAGUACUAAGGAUGGGGGAACAGCUGAGUUUGGUAUCUGAAGAGGGUGAAUGGUGUCAAGUCAAGUCAGUAGCAACUGGCCAAGAAUGCUGUGUACCUAGCAACAGCAUAGUUAAAAUUUCACACAGGUGGCUCUAUGAUGGCAUUGAUCGAGCCAAAGCUGAGGAGUUGUUACUGUUGCCUGCAAACCAGGAAGGUUCUUUCAUCAUAAGAACGAGAGAAGCGAAGAAAGGUUGCUACUCUUUAUCAAUCAGAUGCACAAAUCAUGAAUCCUGGAAUUGUGUAAAACACUACCGCAUUAACUGUUUGGAGAACAGCUGGCUUUAUAUCUCCCCCAGCCUUACCUUCCCAAGCUUGCACGAACUGGUAGACUAUUAUUCUGAAACUAGUGAUGGCUUAUGUUGCUGCUUGAAGAAACCGUGCUUCAUCCAAGGAACUAGUUCUAGCUUGUUUCAUCAUCUUUCCAAACCUGUGGCAGUAAAAAAAUCUGUUCUCAACUGGCAACAGAUCAAGAGCUCAGACUUGUUGUCAGAAGAACCACUAACAGAAGACUCACCUAUCAGUCUUGGCUUGCGAGAAGCAGUUACUACUUACCUGUUUAUGACUGAUGACGUGUCAUUACAGGGCUCAUCAAACAGAAAAGGAAAGCAAACCAAAGCUGUAUAAAGCUAAUAUUGGAAGUAUUUCUGGAAUAUUAAACUUGAACACAAGAUCUGUAUUUUUAUCAGUGUUAUCAUAGUUAACUUUUCAUCUUUUUCAAGAAGCUUGGCUCAUUCAAAUAUUGUGUGUG